AGACAUAGUUUGAGCACCGCGUCGACCGCACGUUCCUGAUUUUCACCAAAAUUUCGCUUGAUGAAACUAUAAAGAAAAUCGCCCAUGCUGGUGCGCUCACGUCGAAGGCAGUGCCAUUACAUUCGUGUCCAUUACAUUUGUGCCAUUAUCGUGUUUUUAUGAAUAGUUACAGUUUACCAUUCAGUGACAGUGAUAAGCAGUUGUUGUCCAAAGUAAUUAUUAUUAAAUGUACUGGAAAUGGAGUGACGAGAUGGAGUCAUGCUUUACUUAUACAGUUGUAUGGAUUUAAAUCGUCAAAUUGGAUGGUUUUCGAUGGUGUUACCAAUGUCAUUUUAGUGUGAAAGUAAAGUAGCAAAUGGCGCACUCUGACAUUUGUGCUUCGCAGGCGACCAAGGCCGACCAUGAUCAGGGAACGUCUUCAAGCGACAGCAAUGUCCCAAAGCAAUCCUUGCCCAACAUAUACCCACUUGGAUCGACAAGAACUUCACAAGCUCAAUCAACGACGAUGACUCUGGAACAAUACCGCCUCCAGCUCUAUAACUAUGCCCUAAAUAUUGAACGACUACGCUGCCCCCAAUAUGGUGGGACGGGAGGCAGUGGGGCUGGUGGUCCUUGGUUACAUUUAAGUCCCUACGCACCCCAUAGCUCAGGCAAUUUUCCAUCGGUUAACCGAAUGGCCGCUCUUUCAACAAUUUCCCUCUUCCCACAAACGCAACGCAUUUUUCAACCCGAGGAGCCUAAACCGCAACACAGCUAUAUUGGUUUGAUAGCCAUGGCCAUAUUGAGCUCAACUGAUAUGAAGUUGGUCCUCUCAGACAUUUAUCAAUAUAUUUUGGACAAUUAUCCUUACUUCAGAAGUCGGGGCCCGGGCUGGAGAAACUCCAUCAGACAUAAUCUCUCCCUGAAUGAUUGUUUUAUCAAAUCUGGCCGAAGUGCAAAUGGCAAGGGGCACUACUGGGCAAUACAUCCAGCCAACAUGGAUGAUUUUCGCAAAGGGGAUUUCAGACGUCGCAAGGCGCAACGUAAGGUCCGAAAGCAUAUGGGUCUAUCAGUGGAUGAUGCCAGUACUGACUCGCCCAGCCCGCCGCCGUUGGAUCUAACAACUCCACCUCCACCGAGCUCCCAGCCCGCACUGCAACUACCUGUUCUGGGCUAUCCAUACCACCAGCAUUAUAUCGAUCAAUUCUUUAACCGGAGCUCAGCACCUGGUAUGACACAGUAUUCCUCGCCAGAUCCAUCCUUGUUAAUGCAACGACAACAGGCUAAUCACCUGGAUCAGACAAUCCAACCAGCUCAGCUUCAGCAGCAACAUACCCAUCAGCAGCACAUUGCCUAUAUCAACUCCACCACGACAACAACAAUCGCGAAUAUGUUUUCGCAGACACGGAAGCGCCAGUUUGACGUGGCUUCGCUACUGGCACCCGAUGUCCAAAUCGUUGAUAUUGUCUCUGAAGACCAGGAGUCCUCAGUUACGCCAACCACUUCGGCGAGGACAACGACUCAAACUCAUCAUACAGUCAUUACCAAACAAACUAUUCACCGCGAAGUAGUUUUGGAAUUAGAAAAACCUGUGCCAGAUGCAGACAUUGACACAGAUAUUGAUGUAGAAGUUAAUGUCGACGUGGUAGACGAUAGCAUUAAUCCUGACCCUGAUUCUAAUGCGGAUGCAGAAGAAAGGAAAAAAAAAAGGGGCACUUUGAAGCAAAUAUUUUCCAUUGAGGACAAUAACUCGUACCUAAUCAAUGGCAGGCUAUCUUCAUAUGAUGCCGAUGCCGAUCCCGAGCAUGAUCAUGACCACGAUCCCGAAGAACUGGAACAGCACAACUUUUCAAUUUCCAGCUCCGCAGCGAGGUCCUUGGCUAGCAGUAGUAGCCAAAACGAGGAGUCUAGCUCACUAGAGGACUGUCCUAUAGAAGAGGGCAUUGUCCCGCCCCCAACUGCACUCAUAUCGUCAAUACCGUCAAUACCUACUGCGAAACCAUCAGCUCUGACAGUUCCCAUUCCAGAUGCAUAUAUUGAACUCAACCAAGUUGAUCCACACAUGCUUAGUAGGUACUACGGAUCAUAUAUUGCCGCAGCUGCCCGACGAGCCAGUAUUGAUGCGUCAAAUAGUUCGCGGACUUCCUCUAUUACGCCACCUCCAAAAAUCGAAAUGGUCUCACAAAAGUAAUAGAUCAAUUCUUUGGCAAGAAAACAAACAAUUAUUGUAAAAGAUAUAUAACAAACUAUAUUACAAAUUGACCACCCACCCACACA